UCCCUCUCCCGUCCCUUUCCCCCUUCUCCCCUCCUCUCUGCUCCCUCCCACCCGCCUGCCCAGGACCCCCAUGCCCGCGGUGCCCAGCUGUGCCCAGCUGUGCCCAGCUGUGCCCACAGCCAGCGUCCUGCUCGGCUGCAGCCCCCGCCAUGGGGCCCGCUGAGGAGCUGGUCCGGAUUGCCAAGAAACUGGAUAAGAUGGUGGCCAGGAAGAGCACGGAAGGGGCACUGGAUCUGCUCAAAUCCCUUACCGGCUACACCAUGACCAUCCAGCUGCUCCAGACCACACGGAUUGGAGUGGCUGUGAACUCAGUGAGGAAACACUGCUCAGAUGAAGAGGUGGUGGCCUCAGCCAAAAUCCUCAUCAAAAACUGGAAGCGACUGCUGGAGUCCACCACCACAAAAAAAGAGAAGGAUGCAGAUAGGAAGAAGGAGAAGGACACAGAUGGAGACAAGGAGAAGAAGAAGGGGCUGGAUGUUUCCAGCUGCCCCAGUGAAGGGGUGAAGCACAGCAAGAAUACAGCUGAGAAGCACAGGGAGAAGCACAAGGAGAGGAAGCCCAGCAAGUGUGACUCUCCUGCCACCACCACCCAGGGCCACUCUGCCAGUUCCAGCCCAGAGAGAGAGUCCAGUGAUGGCAGGAGCCCCACUGUGUCCUCCAAGAAGCCACCUCUGGAUGGCAAGAAAGAGAGGAGAGCCUCUGCUGACUCCAGGUCCUCAACCAUCUCCUCCUCUUCCUCCUCACAGAAGAGACUGUCAGGGGAGAGGAGAGCCUCUGUGGGCACCAGCCUCUCUCCAGCUCCCACCAGCUCCCAGAGAAACUCCAGCGACAGCAAGGAGGAAAGAGCCAACAGCAGCAAGGUCAAACCUGAGGUGCCGCGGAGCCCCACCAGCCCCUCGUUCUCUGCCAGCCCCUGCUUCCUGGCCCCCUGCUACCUCACAGGGGACUCCGUGAGGGACAAGUGCAUUGAGAUGCUGACGGCUGCACUGCGCAUGGAUGACGACUACAAGGAGUUCAGUGUCAACUGCGAGAAGAUGGCAUCGGAGAUUGAAGACCAUAUCUUCCAGGAGCUGAAGAGCACAGACAUGAAGUAUCGCAACCGGGUGAGGAGCAGGAUCAGCAACCUGAAGGACCCCAAGAACCCUGGUCUGAGGAGGAAUGUGCUGUGUGGAGCCAUCGAGCCCAGCCUCAUCGCCCGCAUGACUGCUGAGGAGAUGGCCAGUGAUGAGCUGAAGAAGCUGCGGAAUGCCAUGACCCAGGAGGCCAUCCGGGAGCACCAGAUGGCCAAGACAGGCGGCACCGUCACCGACCUCUUCCAGUGUGGCAAGUGCAAGAAGAAGAACUGCACGUACAACCAGGUACAGACGCGCAGCGCUGAUGAGCCCAUGACAACGUUUGUGCUGUGCAACGAGUGCGGGAACCGCUGGAAGUUCUGCUGACGCUGCUGGCGAGUGGGCUGGAGGGAACAUGGUGCAAGACAAGAUGCUGUGACACCACACUGGGCAGCUGGGUUGGGCAGGAGGGGUCAGGGUGGCACCAGUCCCUAAACCCCAGCUCCUUGUUCCCUUGCUCCCUCAAACACCCUGGGGACCUGGCCUCUGGCAAUGUCAAGCUCACUGGAGAAGGUCCCUGGGAAUUCAAUGGUUCUUCCCUGCAAUUACCUGUCCUUUGAUUGGGGUGUGCUGGGAUCCCACUGGGAACAGACUCAUUCCUGGCAAGGGAGGCUGGUACAACCUGGGCAGCAUGUCCUUCCUUGAGAGAAAUCUGGACUUGGAUGAUGUGGGGGCAGCAGAGACAUUGCUCCAUGGGCAUGGGGCUGUGCCUGGGAGCUGAGGGUGGCAGAGGGCCAGUUUUUAACCCAAAGACCUUCUUCCUCACCUAAGUGCACACAGAGGGAGGGGAGAGACAUGGAGGGGACAGGGUGCAUGCAGCGUGUCCAGCUGCUGUUGGGAUGCCACUGUGCCCCUCUGCUCUGUGACAAAUGGACGAUCCAUCCUGGCUUGAAGGCACUGUGUCCCGGGAAAGAAGGAAGGAUGGCAGGGAGAGGAGCGAGGAAGAACCCUUCCAGCCAGAGUAAUAAAGGUGUGAACUAUC